AUGCGUCGAGAGGAAUUUGACAGAAAAUUGAAAGAUCUGAAUAAUUUACAAGAGAAAGGUGAAGAGAGCGUCAAAGACAUGGAACAAAGACUUGCUUUGAAAUCAAAGUCAGCCACAGAUUUUGAGACAAAAGUGAAAUCUUUGAAGACUGAUGCAACUGUCAAGAAUAAACAGAUAAAAGAGCUGGAAAAAGAAACAAAAAGUUUGAAGUCUCAGUUGGAUAAAAUGACCAAAGCUCAGAACUGCCUGAAGACCAACCUGGAGGAGAAGGACAGUGAGAUUAAAUCUGCCACUGCAAAUCAAUUAGAUCUUGAAAAACAGCUGGAAAUCCUCAAGAAAAAGAUAGAAGAAGACAAAGAAUUUGUCCAACACUCAAAAGAGCAAGUUUCGAAGAUGGAACAGGAGAAAAAGAAAGCAAUGGAAGAAAAAGAGUCUGCAGCAAAAAAAUGUGAAUAUGAAAUGGGAGAGAUGAUGUCUACUCUUGAGAAGUACAAGCAAGACAAUCAGAAUAUCCUCACUCAAAAAGACAAGGAAAUAGGAGUGCUGAAAUCAAAAGUGGCCGAACUAAGGAAACAAGCUGAUGACAAAACUGAAGAUUUAAGAUCAGAACUUGACAGUCUAAAGAAGAAACUAGAUGAAGAAGAAAAGGAAAAGAGUGUGAUGGAGAAGAGAGCAGCAAAACAAGAGAAGAAAAUGACCGCUGUUGUUAAACAGUCUAAUUCUAAGUUUCACUUCAGAAUAUUUCUUGAGAAACAAAUUUUCAGGCAUUGUCCAUGCCAUUUGUGGUUAUGUCAUGUCAAUACAUCAGUGGAGCCUGCACUUUCUGAUUAUAUAGUUUUUUGUGUCGGCCAGGAUGAUGAGAUACAGUCAUUAAAGAAAAGUCUAGAAGAACUUAAAGAGCAACUGGUUAAAGAGAAGACAGUAGUUGUGACACCCCAACAGCGUUACCCAGAGGAGCCCAUUCAGAAUUUAGAGGCGCUAAUAACUCCCAGAGUGCCAAAGGCUUCUUCUUUAGAAGUUCUCAAAACUGCUCAAAGAAGUAUUUUGAGACAAACAGCUGGGAGCUCUGUUUCCAAGAAGAGACGGGUGGCAUUUUCAACUGAUCUGGAUUCUCAUGGAGAGAAUUCUGACUCAUCAUCAUCAGAGUUAAUGGAAGUGGAGAUUUCAGAAGUAGAGAACAGGUAUAAAGACAAGAAGAAGAGAAGAAAUACGCCUAUUCCCGUAAGGCCGUCACCAAAAGUUUCUAAAUCACCAGGACCAGAUGGUGACUGCGGAAAAGAAAGUGUGAUGAUGACACCAUUAAGACCUGUACCAAGGGGACCAUCAAUCAAUUCAAAGAAAAAGAAGACUUCAAAUCUAACAGAUGAAAUGGGUCAGUUUAAAAGACUUUUCCCAAACUUUGUACAGUCUGAUGAAAAACAGCAGAGUAAAUCAAGGGAACCAGAUGUGAGCAGUAAUGUUAGAAAGACACCUUCCAAGGCAAGUGGCAAAUUUUUCAAAAGUUCUCCCAAGGACAGGAAUCGUUUUAGCAAACUCAGCAAGUUAGAAGAAAAAGAAGACUUAGCUUGGUUUGACCUGGACUCUGUCUUUGGAUUUGGUCCAGAAGACUGAAACUGUUGAAUACAAAUUGCUUGGAAUACUGGCAUGGCCUGUGAUAAACAUCUGUUCAAUACCUAUUACAUGCUGUUAAUUUUUCUUUACUAAGAUAUACAACAGUUGUUAUAUGUUGUUACAUUUAUGCAUGGAUUUGUUAAGAGUAGUUGGUUGUGUCUCCAUGUACAUGUAUAUUUCUUGAAAUAUUCUUGCCAAUAUGUAAGUGUUUUGUGAUAUUAAAGGGACAUAUUGCCAAAACAAUUUCAGAAUUUUUGAGUUUGUUCAGCUAAAUACAAAAAGUUGCAUUUGAAUCCCAAGUAAAUGCCCUAGGCCUAUACUUUCUGAAAAAUCUCAGUUAAAAUAAUUAAAACGGUAAAUCACCAUCCAACAAGAUAACUUGCAAAUGAGGCAGCACAGAGAAUCCCACAAUGCAGCAUUCACUUGUGGACAACAAUAUGACAUUACAAAACCAAAUUACAAGUCUAGCAAACCAAAUACGAUCUUCCUUUCUAACGAUAAUGUAUUAUAAAGUAUGUGUAAUUCUCAAUGAUAUCCACAUCAGAAUUACAACACAAUGCCGUGUUUGACGUUUGAAGUUAGCUGAACUUCCCACAUCGUUUGCACUCAUGACUUGAAACAGCUGAUGGUCGAAGGGAAACUCUGGAUAGAACUGAACACCCAAUUGUCCACUCAGUCAGAUACAUCAGCAGACACCUAAAAGUCUUUACCUAAAAAAACUUUAUGUUGAUGACGUUUAAAAUGGCAGCACAAUUUUUAGCUGUCGGCAAUAUGUCUUUUAAAAAGAUAUGUUUUGCUAAAAACAGUUUCUGCCUUAUUUUGUGGUAGGUCACAAAGUUAUCUGUAUUUUGAAUUGAUUUUUGUAUUUUUGAAAAAUGAAGAAAUGCAAUGGACUUGCAAACUACAAUUAUUUGAACAGUGCUUGAAUGCUUCUGAAACAAAAUUAACUGAUCUCUACCAUCAAAGAAAAUACUUUGACUGACAACUGCCAGUCAAAUGUUACAUGAUCCAAAUAGAAAACUUGAUAUUUGUUGACCACACCACUUUACCCAUUACUUAACCCGUUAGUCUAACAAGUUUGAUUGGGAGCAUGUUUGGUCAUGUGUCAAUAAGUUAAUUUUAACUAGGCCCUUGAAGAUAGCUGCAAAGCUUUCAUAUCUGCUCUGUGGAACCAGCAGUGUUGACUUUGGAAUUGUGGAAGGUUGCUUUUUUCAACAGAUCAUCAACAGACAUAAAAUGAUAAUUAAAAUUGAACAUUAUCCUAGAUGGUACUGAAACCGCUCAUUAGGUUGACAUUUCAUUGUUGUCAGAUCUCACUGGAGUACAUGUGGAUAGAAUCCAACAUUUUCAUACCAUUUGAAUACAUCUUAAGUUAUUUUUGGUUGGUUGUCUUUACACGGUACAGAAUGUACGUUGCCUAUCUGUGAUUGCAUUUUUGAUGCACAAUUUGCACGUGAUGUACAGUAUUGUCUAUUAUUAACUUUUUUCAGCUUGAGUAAGCGAAAUUACUGUAUAUGAAUUAUUUAUAUUAUGUUUUUUACCUUGUUACUUUACCUGGUGUUAUUUGUGACAAACUGGCAAAUGUCAAACACUGAGUUAUAAAUAAAAUACAAUUAAUCUA